AUGAUAGCUCUAGGCCUUGAAGGCUCCGCGAACAAGCUUGGUGUGGGGCUAAUAUCUCAUCCCGAUCUACCAAAGCGUGGACCUGCAAUUAUCCUCGCGAACAUCAGACACACUUUCGUCUCACCUCCAGGCGAAGGCUUUCUGCCAAAAGAUACCGCAAAGCAUCAUCGAACGUGGGUUGUGCGACUCGUAAGUGAAGCUUUGAAGGAAGCCUGUAUCACCAUCGACAGCGUAGAUUGUAUAUGCUACACAAAGGGGCCGGGCAUGGGUGCUCCUUUGCAGAGCGUAGCCCUAGCCGCAAGGAUGCUCGCGGAACUGUGGGGCAAGGAGAUUGUAGGCGUCAAUCAUUGCGUUGGGCACAUCGAGAUGGGACGCGAGAUCACUGGGGCUGAGGAUCCAGUCGUAUUGUACGUUUCUGGUGGGAACACUCAAGUCAUUGCGUAUGCAAGCCAAAGAUAUCGAAUUUUUGGUGAGACUCUGGAUAUCGCUGUGGGGAACUGUCUCGAUCGGUUCGCUAGAACUCUAAGAAUCUCUAACGACCCAGCUCCCGGUUACAAUAUAGAGCAGAUGGCCAAAACAGGAAAGCAUUUGCUUGAUCUACCGUAUGCCGUCAAGGGUAUGGACUGUAGUUUCUCAGGCAUCUUAGCCAGCGUUGAUAUCCUGGCCGAGAAAUUAGAGCAGAACCCUACUGGAUGGCUGGACGAAGUCACGGGAGAGCUUAUCACUCGGGAGGAUCUCUGCUUCAGUCUGCAAGAGACUGUAUUUGCGAUGCUUGUAGAGAUUACGGAAAGAGCCAUGGCGCAUGUUGGGUCGAGCCAGGUUCUGAUUGUGGGAGGAGUGGGGUGUAAUGAGCGAUUGCAGGAGAUGAUGGGAAUGAUGGCCAGGGACAGAGGCGGAAGUGUAUAUGCGACGGAUGAACGAUUUUGCAUUGACAAUGGUAUCAUGAUUGCACAUGCGGGUCUUUUGGCUUAUGGAACAGGGCAGACGACAAAGUUUGAAGACACAUCAUGUACGCAGAGGUAUAGGACAGACGAAGUACUAGUCAAAUGGCGUGAAUAA